UUGCAGGACACAGUCCUUCAACCUUUUAACUCCUUCGGCUCCUGUAGCAACCUAAAGGAGCUUCCUGUGUGCAGGAACUGCUGGGCUAGGCCAUGGAGUUGUGCAGACUGUUUGGCACACAUCCAUAUUGCUGCAGCAAAAGUUUCUUUUUUUGUCUUGAAAGAAGGAAGGAAGCAAACCUACAAAUGUGAAAGCGAAGGUUCUGAAACCAGCAUUAACGCCUUCCAUUGUGCGUGUUGCAUGGUGUUGCACAUCAGACAGCUAUGCCAAGAAUUUAAAUUGGGGAGUUCCCGCAAACCCUACCUAUCCUCCUCCUCCUCCUCCUCUGUCUGCUUGAUUUCACCUUCAAGUCUUUGCACAAUCUCAUCUCUGCUUGCUCUGUAUCUUUGCUUUUGUUCCCUCCUCCCAAUCCUCUGUCCGUGCGAUUUUCUGUAUCUGCACCUCAGUUUCACACCACCUUGCUGGCCGGCUCUUGCACCGCAACCAUCGUCUUCUGUCCAACGUCCACUGAAGACACGAUACUUCUUCAAAUCCUUCUUACGAAGCGUAUAGGUCUGCUCGUUUCCCGAGCCCAUCAUUUUAGCCAAUUGUAUUGAAAGGCUGAUGUGUUUGCAGCUGCUCACACUCUUUAAUGAAACAAGCUCCUUCUAUGUACCAGGCGUAGCUCCUAUCAACUUCCACCAGAAGGACCCCGUAGAAAUCAAGGCGGUGAAGCUCACCAGUUCGCGUACCCAGCUGCCAUACGAGUACUACUCACUGCCCUUCUGCCAACCCAAGAAGAUAACGUACAAGGCUGAGAAUCUGGGUGAGGUUCUGCGAGGGGACCGGAUAGUAAACACUCCAUUCCAGGUGUUCAUGAACAUCGAGAAGAAAUGUGAGGUUCUAUGUGACUUGCCCAACAAGCCAGUCGUCUUUACAGUGGAACAGAGCAAGCUGAUUGCUGAGCGGAUCCAGGAGGAUUACUAUAUCCAUCUGAUUGCUGAUAACUUGCCUGUGGCCACGCGGCUGGAGUUCUACUCGAAUCGUGAGGAGGAGGAGAAGAAGAGGGAGAAAGAUGUGCAGUUUGAGCAUGGAUACAGGCUGGGUUUUAUGGACAGUAAUAAGUUCUACCUGCACAACCACCUCUCCUUCAUCCUGUACUACCACAGAGAGGAGGUGGAAGAGAACCAGGAGCCCACCUACAGGGUCGUGCGCUUUGAAGUGGUUCCUCAGAGCAUUAAACUUGAAGAUCUGAAGGCAGAUGAGAAGGGCACGUGUAUGCUGCCUGAAGCUGCAGGCUCAGCCCCUCAGGAGAUAGAUCCCACUAAGAAGAACCAGCUGCUCUUCACCUACUCUGUCCAUUGGGAGGAGAGUGACAUUAAAUGGGCUUCUCGCUGGGACACCUACCUGACCAUGAGUGACGUGCAGAUCCACUGGUUUUCCAUCAUUAACUCCGUCGUGGUGGUUUUUUUCCUUUCCGGUAUCCUCAGCAUGAUCAUUAUCCGCACCCUCAGGAAGGACAUCGCCAACUACAACAAGGAAGAUGACAUUGAAGAUACAAUGGAGGAGUCUGGUUGGAAGCUUGUGCAUGGAGAUGUCUUCAGGCCUCCACAAUAUCCCAUGAUUCUCAGCUCCUUACUGGGCUCUGGAAUCCAGCUCUUUUGCAUGAUCCUGAUAGUUAUCUUUGUCGCCAUGCUGGGGAUGCUGUCGCCAUCUAGCCGGGGCGCCCUGAUGACCACUGCCUGCUUUCUCUUCAUGUUCAUGGGGGUUUUUGGUGGGUUCUCUGCUGGCCGUUUGUAUCGGACUCUGAAAGGCCACAGAUGGAAGAAAGGGGCCUUCUGUACGGCAACCCUGUACCCUGGCGUAGUCUUUGGUAUCUGCUUUGUCCUGAACUGUUUCAUCUGGGGGAAGCAUUCCUCUGGAGCGGUUCCCUUCCCCACCAUGGUGGCCCUGCUGUGCAUGUGGUUCGGUAUCUCCUUGCCCUUGGUCUACCUGGGAUACUACUUCGGAUUUCGCAAACAGCCCUAUGAUAAUCCUGUGCGGACCAAUCAGAUUCCAAGGCAGAUCCCGGAGCAGAGGUGGUACAUGAACAGAUUUGUUGGGAUUCUGAUGGCUGGCAUUCUCCCUUUCGGAGCCAUGUUCAUUGAACUCUUCUUCAUCUUCAGUGCGAUCUGGGAGAACCAGUUCUACUACCUCUUCGGCUUUCUCUUCCUGGUUUUUAUAAUCCUGGUGGUAUCCUGCUCCCAAAUCAGCAUAGUCAUGGUGUACUUCCAGCUCUGUGCUGAGGAUUAUCGCUGGUGGUGGAGGACCUUCUUGGUGUCUGGAGGAUCUGCCUUCUACGUAUUGAUUUAUGCCAUCUUUUACUUUGUGAAUAAGCUGGAUAUCGUUGAGUUCAUUCCCUCCCUACUCUAUUUUGGCUACACUACUCUCAUGGUCCUGUCUUUCUGGCUCCUCACUGGCACCAUUGGCUUCUACGCAGCCUACAUGUUUGUCCGUAAGAUCUACGCUGCUGUGAAAAUAGACUGAAGAUUCAUAGACUCAGCACACAGCAAAUACCUCUGUGUGCAUUUCCUCCGGA